UAGGAUUAUAAUAUCGCAAGAAAGUGAAUAAGGUUGUAACUGAAUGUAGACACCAUGACGAGCAAGGGGAGCUUCAAUGAUGUGUCGACAUAUGUGCCAUCAAGCUAUGACGCAUUGGAAUCGAAUGAUGAUAGAGAACCAAGAUACCAAAACCAAAGAUUGAAUAAUGACAGCCACUCGCGCUACAUGUCACUAGAGUCACGUAUGCUCUCUGCUGCUACAAACAAGGACCACGCAACGUUGUGCGCCAUACUUCGGCCAUUGUUGGAUUCCAACGAUGUGUCCCAGUUGGACAGUAUAUGCGCUUUGCAUUGGGCGUGCUACUGUGGACACGAGGGACUGGUGGACAGUUUGCUAACGGCAGGCUGUGAUCCGCACUACCCAGAUGAUAUCAAUCUAGAAACACCAAUCUACUUUGCCAUCAGAGGCUCGAAUGUCCACAUUGUCCAGAUGUUACUGAAAAGAUUUGGAACUGAGAUCCUUUGCCAUGAAAAUCGCAAACGCCUAACACCCUUCUUGUUAGCAGCAUCGGAAUUUAUCGAGGAAAAUGUUAUAUCGACACUGCAUAUGCUAGAAUUCCUAUACCUCUCUGGUGUUUCAUUAGAGGAACAGGACUCAUACGGUAGAACGGCACUCAUGCUAGCAAGCCGACGUGGAUGCCAGUUUGUUGUACAAUGGCUGUUAAGUAGAGGCGCCAAUCUCGCACAUAGGGACCAUUUGGGCAACUCAGUCUUACAUCAUGCAUGUCACAGCAGUGAUCUGGACACGUUGAGAUUCCUAUGUAGGCAUGGCGCCAUAGGACUUAUACAUGCCAAGUCACUAGCAGUAACCAGCAGCGAAAGUAGCGCAUUCGGCAUUUGCUGCGUAAAACGACGUUUCCUGCAAUAUUCCGUGCUAAAGUUGUGGUCAUGGCAAUAUGGACUUACUGGACGCAUUAUAACCUUUAGUAGCCCUUAUCCAGUGUACUACUGGCUAUUGGCAUUCAUCAACUUGCUGCUGUAUUAUAAGAUGUACGCCACCAUGGGACAAAUGACGCCGCUGCAAGCGUCAAUAGUAGAUAUAUGGAUAUUAGGGUGGUUAAUGAACCAGUGCUUCUGGUUCAUCACAUUCGCAAGUGAUCCCGGAAAGGCAAGAAAGACGCCGGUAAUAUCACAAUUACACAGAACAUCAGCUGAUUUCGAAAGUGAUAUGAUGAAGGAUGGGCCAAUGCUAGGAGGUCCCUGUGAAAGACAGAUGCAUCUUUUACAAAAACAACAGGAACUUAUCAACUUCGAAUUGUACCGCAUUAACUGUGAUACUUUCAGACGCAACCUAUGGAUGCCACACGAAGAUUUUGAAGGUGAAUUGAGUGAACCUUUGGAUCCAUACGGUUACUCCAGUGACGAUGGACUGGCACAGAGAAUGCAAGUAUGUAAAGAAGAAAGCCAACUACUACAAACUGAUAUGCACGCCCUGUAUCCACAGGUUGGAGUAGAAAGAAGAGAUCACUGUGUAUUUGGAUACGCAGACGCGGUUAUGGGUAACGCCAAGGAUCAUGGUAUCGGAGUGGUGUGUAUCACGUGUAAUAUGAUCAGAGCGCCCAGAACACAUCACUGCGGUAGCUGUGGAGUUUGUAUAGUAAGACAGGACCACCAUUGCGCAUGGGUAGACAAUUGCGUAGGGAAAGGUAACCAAAGAUCCUUCUGUGUAUUUAUCGCCAGUAUUUUCAUCAGCCUCUGCCAUACGUACUAUGUCCUAUACCUACACUUCGCCAAGGAAAUCGCUACAUUGAAGUUUGACUGGAUAUGGGAUUGCUUCAACAUAUUGUUCGGCGUUGUUGGCAACGCAGCGUGGUUGAUAUUCGUAGGAUACCUGUCACUCAGAAUGGUGAGAAACAUGACCACGGACGUAACGUUCUACGAAUUCCUGAGGAAACCAGAAUACAUUAGAAAACGAUUCAAAGGCCAGGUGCAGGGCUCCUGGUGGGAUCUAAACGGAUUGACUCCACUUAAAAUAAUCGCAAAUUGUGGUGACUUCUGGCUACCCAAAUAACAACGCCACACCAAUA